AUGGAUAAUGCUAAGAAUAUGAAAUAUCAAAAGAAAUGGCAGAAGAUGAAACAAUUACUGAAAGAAUUCGUGUUCGAAAAUGCGGCAUUAUGUGAUGAAAUAGCAUGCAUACAAGAAAAACAAAUAGUGAUCCGUGAAGAAAAUAAAUUUUUACUGAGGAGAUGUCGUCGAUUGCAGAGUUCUAUGGAACAGGAAUGUGAUACUUUGGCACUUCAGUAUUCACAAAUACCAAUGCAGAAACUAUCGUCUAAGCCACCUGAAUUGCGUUUUAGAAAUAACUGUGGUAGAGGAAGUAAUUCAUGCGAAGUAUUUGAUACGUCUGGGAAUGCAAAAAGGAAAGUCAAACAUGCAAAACAAAACAAUGAAUCGUAUUCUCGAGGAAACUUCGUGCCAGUGCUUCCAGCUUUUACUAACAAUAAAACUUCAUUAGUAAACAAGGAAGAAAAUAACGUGAAUCUUCCAAGCUCAAAACAAGAGGAAUACGUACUACGUGUAGAAGAUUGUCUUGCCAUGAAUGGAGAAUUUUAUGAGCCUGUCAGGAAACAUUCGAAACCGUCCAACUUAAUUUCUGGCGCUCUUACAAAUACAGAAAUGAAUUUAUUUCAUUGGUAA